AUGGCGUCUGGAAAUGAUUAUUCGGGUCAAAAUUGGGGACGUGUCGUGAUGACGGGCGGCACUGACUGGCCCAAACUCGGCAGAAAGACGGACAAGAUUAGUCCAGGCGACCACCCAGAUCUCAUGUCUCCGCACCUUCUCCGCUCUCUGCGCACCGUCAAAGUCGUCUCCAUCCACACAUCGUCACACUCGAGCCACGCCGUCGCCAUCGAUGUCAACGGUGUCGCCUAUCUCUGGGGUCGUGCGAGCUACUCUGCGCUCGGCUUGCCCAUGACCGCCGCCGUCUGGGAGGAAAGCCCGCUCAAGAUUCGUCCCACCGAUCUCGGCGCUCAACCUGGUGUCAAGUUUGUCCAUGCUGCCACGGGCCGUGCGCAUACAUUGCUCGUCGCGAGUGAUGGUCAGGUCUGGAGUGCAGGUAUCAAUACCAGCGGACAGUGCGGUCAUGAACCCUCGGCAGAGGUCUCUCCCUUCAAGGCUAUCGAGGGCGACUGGAAGGCACAGGGCGACAAGGUCAUCCAAGCCUCGGCUGGCAACACGUUCAGCUUGGUCCUGACGGCCUCUGGAAAAGUCUACGCCUUUGGAAGUGGCGAAAAGGGUCAACUUGGCAAUGGCCGCACCGGCGAACACAUUAUCACCAGCGGUCGCGCCGUCUUUGAUACCGAGCAUGAACCUCUCCUCGUCAAGGGUCUUGCCGACAGAAAGAUUGUCCAGAUUGCCUCUGGUCUCCAACACAGUCUUGUUCUCGACAGCGAUGGAUUCGUCUUUGUCUUUGGUUGCGCUGGAUAUUGCCGCCUCGGUCUCGGCGACCAAAAGGAUACUCUCAUUCCAAAGAUGGUUCCGACCUUUUCUAGCGAGCGUGAUGUUCAACGCGCUGCUGCAGUCUUUUGCGGACCCACGUGCUCUGCAGUCGUCGACCGAAGUGGCAUGUUCUGGUUGGCCGGCAAGUGGAAGAUUUCUGGUGACGGCUCUGCUGGUCAACCAUGGACGACGUUCCGCUAUGUCCACGACAUCUCCGGUAUGGAGUGCACAGAUGCCUCUCUCGGUGGAGUGACACUUUGGGCUGUGGGCACCAACGAGGGAAAGCACACAACUGCUGGAUGGGGUCAAAACGCUGUCAACGGUGAGCUUGGUCAAGGUGAAGACAAGCCAAAGAGCGCGACCAAGCCGACACCCAUCGAAACCCUUGCCGACCUCGACAUCUUUAGCGUUGCCGCUGGUGCCCACACCGUCUAUUUCCUCGCCCGUCCCAAUGAUGGCCUCAGCGACCUCCCAGCUUACCCAGACGUCCACGACCAACCAGAAACUUGCGUCAUCUGCAACACUGAAAAGGGAGAAGAGGAUUCGCCUUUGGAAUGUGAAAAGUGCGAGAAGCUCUAUCACCUCGGAUGUUUGAACCCUCCUCUUGCGGAGAUUCCCUUGGGCGAGUGGUUCUGCGACGAGUGCCUGUCGCAUGCUUCGCCAGACUACCUCCCUGCUCCCGCCGUCUACGCCGAGCCGGCCAACCCAGACGGCACGACAGGUGCCAAGAGAGGCAGAGGGCGUCCACGAAAGUAUGCCGAUCAACAGAGCCAGAUCAUGUUCAUGAGCGAAGGCGCGGGAACGCCCAUUAGCUCUGGUGUGCCCAUGGACCUCGGUACGCCUAUGGCGGGUGAGAAGAGGGACCGCAGCCCCGACUACGACGACGACGAUGAUGGAAGUGACUAUGACGCUUCUCGUGCUGCUCCCACAAAGCGUCGUCGUGGCGAGUAA